ACUGUGGGAAACAUAGUUCUACCGAGCCAAUCAGUAGUGCUGAAAAUGAAGCCGCGUGAUGCAAAACCUCCUGGGAAUUGUUGUUCAGGUACAGUCAGCAAGUAAGACGGUUUCUUACAGAAAACGCCAAAAAAGCGGCCGAGGCUAGGAUUGGCUGAGAAAAUUGUAGCGUGAACUUUACGCAAUAUUAGCGCGCCGGAAGUGCUCAUCAGUGGUUCGGAGCAUGGCGGGGUUUGCAGAACUCCAGCUAUCGUCGUGGCUCGUGGAACAAUGUCGGCAGCUAGGGUUGAAGCAGCCCACGCCGGUGCAGCUCGGCUGCAUCCCGGCCAUCCUGGAGGGUCGAGACUGUUUGGGCUGCGCAAAGACAGGAAGUGGCAAGACAGCUGCCUUUGUGCUUCCCAUCUUGCAGAAGCUGUCUGAGGACCCUUACGGCAUCUUCUGCCUGGUCCUGACACCCACCAGGGAGCUGGCCUACCAGAUUGCUGAGCAGUUCCGGGUGCUGGGAAAGCCCCUGGGUCUGAAGGACUGCAUUAUCGUUGGCGGCAUGGACAUGGUGGCUCAGGCGCUGGAGCUGUCUCGAAAGCCACACGUGGUGAUUGCCACCCCUGGACGCCUGGCUGACCACCUGCGCAGCUCCAACACGUUCAACAUGAAGAAGAUCCGGUUCCUGGUGAUGGACGAAGCUGACCGGCUGCUGGAGCAGGGUUGCACCGACUUCACUGCAGACCUGGAGACCAUCCUGGCAGCUGUUCCAGCACGUAGGCAGACCCUGCUGUUCAGUGCCACGCUGACUGACACGCUCAAGGAACUGCAGGGCCUGGCUACCAACCAGCCUUUCUUCUGGGAAGCUCAGGCCCCGGUGCGCACAGUGGAGCAGCUGGACCAGCGCUACCUGCUGGUGCCGGAGAAGGUGAAGGACGCCUACCUGGUGCACUUGGUCCAGACUUUCCAAGACCAGCUGGAGGACUGCUCCAUCAUCAUCUUCACCAACACCUGCAAGACCUGCCAAAUCCUUUGUAUGAUGCUUCGGAAGUUCAACUUCCCCACAGUGGCGCUACACUCCAUGAUGAAGCAGAAAGAACGCUUUGCAGCCCUGGCCAAGUUCAAGUCCAGUGUGUACCGGAUUCUUAUCGCUACGGAUGUAGCCUCAAGGGGCCUCGACAUCCCCACUGUGCAAGUGGUCAUCAACCACAACACCCCCGGGCUCCCCAAGAUCUACAUCCACCGAGUUGGUCGAACAGCCCGUGCAGGGCGGCAGGGACAGGCCAUCACCCUGGUGACACAGUAUGACAUCCACCUGCUGCAUGCCAUCGAGGAGCAGACCAAGAAGCAGCUGGAGGAGCUGGCUGUAGAGGAGGCCGAGGUCCUGAAAAUCCUCACGCAGGUCAACGUGGUGCGGAGAGAAUGCGAGAUCAAACUGGAGGCCUCGCAUUUCGAUGAAAAGAAGGAGAUCAAUAAGCGGAAGCAGCUGAUCAUGGAGGGAAAGGACCCGGACCUGGAGGCCAAGCGCAAGGCGGAACUGGCCAAUCAACAAAAUCGGCGCUUUAAGGAGAAGGUGGGGCAGACGCUUCGGCGACAGAAAGCAGGGCGCACAGGCCGAGGGGCUCCUCCUCCUGAACCUCGGCUUCCCGUGUCUACCCAGGAUAAGGCGCAGACCUGAGCGCAAACCUGCAGCCGCUGGUCCUUGGGUGGGCCACAGAGGACCUCAGUAAAUAUUCUUUGAACCUGCCA